CCGCCGACACCACCACGAUUUCGUCGACCGAGACCACCACUACCGAGURCCGGCAGACGGCAGUGUCCACGUCACCAUCGCGGCAGCGCACCGACGGUGUCSACGGUAAGAAUCCUGUGGCGUACUUACAGCGACCGGCCGCCACUACCGGUACGACGGACGUCGCACAUACCAUACGCACUCUGGAGCCGUAUCGUCGUCGUCGUGUUCGGUACGCGCUUACUGCYCAUAGGUAGGCCUGAUGACAAUGAUGUAUCGUCGUAUGGUUCGACCGAGCGGUAGUGUCGCGACGCGUUGUUGAUCGUCGUCGUCGUUUCAGUAUUCCACGGCCGGGACGUCGACCGGUACWCUACUGCACCUUUUACCAGAGAGCACGUCAGGAAUUUAUUGCGUCGAGUUUUGGGGCGGCAGCAGCAGUUACCCACCUGCGCCUACCUGUACAACAAUAUCGUCACGGCGGACACUGCAGCAGACGGGGCAUAAAUCGUUAGAUUAUCGUCGUCGGGACCGCGUCCAUUGUUACAUUUAUGUUAGGCACGUUUAGAUACAAUAUGAACAAUUUCGUCGAGACUGCGGCUGCUGCCACUGAAGCAGCUGGCCUGCGGGCAAUAGUCCUGGCGCUGCUCGUCACGGUGGCGUUCAGCUGCGCAUUUUUUUGCAUGAUGCGUUGGGCUGCGUCUUCGUCGUCUACCGACCGGCAACGGAGGCCGACCCGUCACCAACGCGGAAAUGAUGGCGAUGGUUUUACGCCGGCAUCCAGGCAAAAGAAGUCAACGUCGGCCACGGUCCAACCAAAGAAGAAAAACAACGGCAGCAGAAAUGUCGCUGUUCGUCAGCAGGCGUCUGCCAGCACCAACACCGCGGUCGUGGGUGCUACCAGCUCUACUGGUUGGAACGGUUCCGGCCAUCCCACGAACAGUAAAAACGGCGACAAGAAGAAGAAAAAGGAUGACGGUGACGCCACUGAAAACGCGUCGACAACGUAUACCGGUCAUCGUGGAGCAAACAAGGCGUCAGAAACUGCGGCGGUGGUCGCUGGCAACGGUCACGCGACCGUUGCAGAUCGUUCCAGCGAGCGGAACCGCCGGGCUCGUCGCCAACGGCAGCAACAGGAGCAGUCUCCUAGUGGCGGCGAGAGUUCUACCAAUAGUGGCGAUUACAACUUGGCGCCAGGGACAGCAGACGCCGCUGAAAGCGACGACCAUCGUCGCCGCUCAUCAUCUUGGUCAUCGCACAGCCUGCACGCCGACGAGGAUCACUUGGUCUUGGACGACCCUGCAGCCACGUACGAUGACGACGAGGAUCAGGGCGAAUGGAUCACAAUGACGAGCGGAAGUAGUGGUGCCAAUUCUGUCAAUGUCAUUAACAAUAGUAGCAGUGAUUUAAAUAAGAAAAAACAGAAUCAACGGCGGGAAGAUAACGUAGUCAUAUCCGUUUCAACUAAACUUGAACGUCGACGGCUUCAACAUGAUAAAGAAUUGCGACAUGAAAAACAACAAGAAGAAAUUCAGCGACAAGAAAAACAACAACGACAAGAGAAGCAACAAAAUCAUGAAAAGAAGCAUCAACUAGAGAAGCAACCGCAAAAAGAAAAACAACAACAGCGGCAUGAUAAGCAGGUGCCACAACAACAAUCGCAACAACGGCGACGUGAUAAGUCAUCGCAGCUCCAAGUCGCUUCACCUGCUAUCAAUGACAUUGGCGCUUCGUCAACUGCAUCGUCAAAAGCCGCGAUUGUGACAGAUAAACAACCACCAUGGCAGCAAAGCCGCCGAGAUAUCGAUUACAAAGCUGAGAUCGACGGAACAGAAAAACGGUUGCGUGCCGAGUAUGACGCUUCAGUGAAAUCGUUGCGAGCUGAACAUGAUAAAGAGUCUAAGGUUUUGCGUGCAGAACAUGAAACGACGACCAAACGCCUGCGUGUGGAAAACGAGAAUUUACGAGCCAAAAAUAUCUCUGUAGCCGAACGUUUGCGUACCGCAGAACGCGAAACAGCGGCAACGAAGCGAUUGCGAGUGGAGCAUGAUGCAGCAGUGAAAGCAUUGAACGCGGAACGUGAAGUCCAGCUGGCAGCAUUGCAAGCCAAGCAUGAUACAAUGAUGAAUGCAUUGCGCAUGGAACUUGAGAACCUGAAGCAGUCUACGUCUCAGAGUUCGCAAGUGGCUCACAAGACUGUUGUGGAAGAGACCCACAUUGAGGAUUUGUCGGCAAUCCAAAAUUCUGUCAAGGACAACGAAAAUCUAAAGCGUUCAGAAAACGAGGCCAUCGCAUUUCAGGAUAUUCGUGAGAAAAACGACAAACUUCAAAAGGAGCAGGAGGCGGUGAUUCGGGUCCUACGUGAAGAAAAUGAAAAUCUUCGCAAGGACCACGAGGUUAUAGUUCGAGGUCUUCGCGAAGAAAACGAAAACCUGCGCACGAAACACGAGAUUUCAAUGAAGAAUCUCUGGACUGAGCAUGAGACUGUAAUCGAAGGUGUACGUGCAGAAAAUGAAACUGUUCAGCGAUCUGCUAUGCAAAGCUUACGAGCAGAUCACGAGGCGAGGAUUGGAGCUUUACAAACUGAGCACGAAACUUUGGUCCAAAAAUUACGCAAUGAAAAUGAUGCACUACGUAAACGUCAAGAAACUACAAUGCAAAGCAUGCGUGAGCUUAAAGAUCAUAUGCGUACUGAGCACCAAAAUGAAGUCCGUGGUAUGCGUGUAAAAUAUGAAAAUAUUGUAAAAGAACAUGAAAACACAAUCCUAGGUCUAAAUAAGGAAAUAGAACAUUUACAUACCAAACACGAGACAAUGAUUCGAGAACUGCAAGAGAAAAAAAAGGAUUUGUGUAAGCAAAAUGAAGAUCUACGCAUGGAGCUUGAGACCAUGACGAAAAGUUUGCGAGCUGAACACGAGACCGCAAUGAAAAGCUUAAGAGAUGAACACGAAAUCGCGAUAAAAGUGUUACGGGAUGAGUGUGAGGCUGCGGCGAAUAUAUCAAAUCGUCUCACUCAACAUGACGCAGUGGUUGAGGAAUUGCGUAAACAACAUCGAACUGAAAUUGAGAGACUCAAGCUUCAGUUAUCUGAGGAGGAGAAACAGCGUAUUACCAAAGCAGCGCGGCCGCAGACAACCAACAGUCACGACAAUGUAAUAGAAAACUUAAAGUCACAAAACACUAUUCUAGGAAGCAAAGUAAUUCAUUACAAGCAGAUCAUUACUGAUACGGAACAAAUGCUGAACCGGUUGCAUAGUCACGUGGAAAGUGAAGAGGCAAGGUGGUCGUCUUAUGCAGAAGACCUGCAGCAACAGUUGGACGAAGCGCUAGAUCAGUUAAAUGUAAGCCAUCUACAAAGGAGUAGACAAAAGAGUCAAAACAUCAGUGGAGGUGAAGACGUUGACUCCAAGGAAGAAAGUGGAGUUGUGGUAGCGACACCAAAAUGAUUAUAUAUUCUAAUUGCAGCUGCGAUAGCGAUUAAAUAUUAUUAAYUUUUAUGUAUAAUUAUUUUUGAUUUUAUCGCCCGCAACUGAACUUCAGACUGGGACAAUUUAAUAAUAAUAAUUGUAAAAAGACAAUAAACCACGCUCAUGCGUAGGUCGCAUAUAUCAUAAUUUAAAAAAAAAAUUGUAAAUGAUAAUAAUAUAGUUAUUAUUUAAUAAAAAUAAUUUAUUAUACAA